GGCUCCACCUUAAUGUCAUCAGUUUGGUAAACGUAAGCUUUGAGCUCGAGAGGGAGCCUUGUGAAAAACAGCGCAUCUGACAAAUUCAUUGUAUUAAACUGCGAGCAACAGACACUGGAUAUUGUUUAUGGUGCGAAUACAAGAAAAAACAACAACGUAACUGUCAAGAAGACCUUUAGCUUAACAGUACACAUCCCAUCCGCUGCUGUCCGGGUCCGGGCGCUACUUUGAUCUUCUGCUUGGUUUGCAAAAGGAUUUUGACGUCAAAACGUCGCAAACAAAGAUGGCUACAGUGGACUCGCGGUUUGGCCACAAGGACACGUCGGAUCAGAACUUUGACUACAUGUUCAAGCUGCUGAUCAUUGGGAACAGCAGCGUGGGGAAGACCAGCUUCCUGUUCCGCUACGCUGACGACUCCUUCAGCAACUCCUUCGUCAGCACCGUGGGCAUUGACUUCAAGGUGAAGACCGUGUACCGCAACGACAAGAGGGUCAAGCUGCAGAUCUGGGACACUGCUGGACAGGAGCGCUACAGGACCAUCACCACUGCCUACUACCGGGGCGCUAUGGGCUUCAUUCUCAUGUAUGACAUCUGCAAUGAGGAGUCUUUCAACGCUGUGCAAGACUGGGCGACCCAGAUCAAGACAUACUCCUGGGAUAACGCACAGGUGAUCCUGGUGGGAAACAAAUGUGACAUGGAAGAUGAGAGGCUGGUCCCAGCUGAGAAGGGGAGAUGCCUUGCAGACCAGCUGGGGUUUGAGUAUUUUGAGGCCAGUGCCAGAGAGAACAUCAAUGUGAAGCAGGUGUUCGAGAGGCUAGUGGACAUCAUCUGUGUGAAGAUGUCCGAGAGCGUGGACACGGACCCUUCGAUGGUCAGUGGAGCCAAGAACACCAGGCUGACCGACAACCCUCCACCCCUGCAGCAGAACUGCUCCUGCUAGUCACCUCUCCCCAACCUUUAACCUCUGACCCGUAACAAUGUUGUUUACCUUUUUUUGGGGGAAGGAGUGAUUGGGACAUUUCUGAUAGUUCAAAGAGAAAAAAAAUCACACUUUAUCUAAAGAGUCCUUUAUAAAAGAUUUAUAAAAUAUACAAAAAUAUGACUCCUUAUACACAGAAUCUUGCUUCUCUAAGAUAUUUAUCCAUGGUUAGUCACCUGGACUAUGUUUAUGUGUAAUUAACCUCUUUGCAUCCACCCUUACAGUAGAGUUUGUAAAAUCCCAUUAGGAUAUCAUGUACCUGUGUAUUAACUUUAAAAAAAAAAUGGUACCAUAGUACUGCAAUAGAUUACUGGUUUUGCUUAUUGAUACCUCUGUGACACCAGUGGUACUGUAUAUAUAUAUAUGAACAUGUUACCACUGUGGUACCCUUCUACCAAUGGCUUAUCCCAUAGAACCAUUGCAUUGCCAUGCUACAGCGAUCCCUUAAUUAAAUUCCACAUGAGAUAUUGUGUUUUUGAUUAGCAGGAAGUUGUCAGGGGAUGGUGGGGAAGGGAUUUUCAUUUCAAAUCCAGAUUUAAGCACAAAAACAGAAUCGGCUAACUGGAGAAGCACAAAAGUCUUCGGAAACCAAAGGGUUGUAUUAGCUUCUAAUAAUUACCCAGAAUAGAAACGUUCCCUUCUCAUCGCACUUCCGCCAUCAUCUGUCACACAAUUAGUAUCUCCUGAUGAGGCGUAGCGAAGCGAAAUGAUGCCUUUCCACAACGCUGUGUUAAUUAGUCCCCAUCUUUUAAUCACCUAGUGGUUCAUUUGCAGUGCAAUGCAGCAUGCCCCUCUUUCAUAAAGGGCUCUUAAAGCAAACGUGUGCUGAGGUUUUUGUCACUUGAAUUCUUACGGCAUUGUUAAAAAAAAAGGAUUUAUUUAUUUAUUUAUUUAUCAAUCAAAUCUAUUGAAGGCUGUGUGCCUGUGAUACACUGCUGGUUGCACAUACCCUGAUGAGCACUAAUCUCAGACGAUCUAAUGUUACCUCAGGUAUGGUAGUGCAAGAUCAGUGCUAUCAGGGUCUGUGAAAGCAGACGAUAAAGAUUCCUAUUCAAAAAGCUUUAACACAUGUUUUGUUGAAUGAAACAGUAAGUGGUGUCAAAUUGUGACAUUUUGCUUUGAUGUUUCCUCUCCUUCUCAGUCUUGCUAUCAAUUUGUUUGUUAUCUUUCUUUGAGCUUGCGUGGGAGUGUUAACUACUGACAGUGAACACUGACUUCCUCAUCCCAAAAAUAACAAUCUGUUGAAAUGACAUUUAGAAUGCCGUAGAACACUUUCAUGAACUGUUUUUAAUUCAUCAAAAGAAAAACAAAAAAUAUCUAAAUAAAGUUAUUUGAGGGACCCAAAGAUACAGUGAAAACAUAAUUGAGCAUCGGUCACAAAGAUGUUUCUGGUUUCUUAAAACUGUCUAUAUUUUAAAGCGUUAAACACUGCCACUUAUGAUAGGACUAACUAUUCGUAUUCAAAGUCUGCAGGUUGUAAUGUGUCUUCUCAGAUACAUGAAAUGUAUGCUUUUGAAUGCAUACAAUAGUCCUUGGUUAUUGUUCAAUGUCUUUUUGUUAUUAGACAGAGGGACUAAUCAGCUUACAACUAAAUUUUAUAAAAGAAAAUGAUCUCUCUUUAAGAGCAACUUGAUAUAGGUGUGAAACAUAGGUAUUCUUCUUCUGGUUUAGAAUCACUUUGUAUAUAAUUUCUGUUUCAGUCAUCACGUCCUGGUGACUUUUUUAAAAAAAACUCAUAAGUUAAAAGUGCCUCUGUGGCCUCUAUAGAGCUCUCGAACAUGUCUCCUCUCUAAGUACAUCUUGUACACCGGAGUGUAACCAUCAACCUGUCCCCCUGCAACACCCGGUGAAUGUAAGAAGUACCACAUUUGUUCUAUGUGGCAUUUCUCACUGAUGUGUUUCAUACAUCCUUGUACAGCAGCAUGUUACACUCUGGUGUACCAGCUUAGAGGGAAGAGUGAAUGUUUAAGAGCUCUUUUGAGGCCUCAGGGGUGCUUUUAAAAUGACUGAAAAAGAAAGUAUAUACAAAUUGACUCUAAGCAAGAAGACAAAUACAUUUGUUAUCAGAACUAUUGAAUUUUAUCUCAAAACAUGCUCUUUGAGUCUACCAGACUAAAAACCCUGGACCAUUCUGCCAGUAGUCAUGGUCAGGGCUAACAAAUAAUCGUAUGUAAUUUAGACCAAUUCAGAUCUAUUAAAAUCAUAUGUUUAAACACCUUGGUUAGAGGAAG